CUUAUAACUUUCCCAAAUAUAGAACUAAAAUGCUCGACUCAUCCUCAUUGCUUGCGUUUAUUCUAGGUUCUCUCAUCGUUGCAUUAAUGAUGAAGCGUAAAGAGCCAAAGAAAAACGAGUUAGUAACUUCCUACACAAGAAACCUCCGUCUCCCUCCCGGACCAAAACCUUGGCCUCUAAUAGGAAACCUACCGCAAAUACUACGGAGGAACAGACCGGUGUUCCGGUGGAUACAUUCCCUCAUGGAAGAACUCAAUACCGAUAUUGCUUGUAUCCCUCUAGCAAAUACACAUGUCAUUCCCGUGACAUCCCCGCGGAUCGCGCGGGAGAUUCUUAAGAAGCAAGACUCUAUUUUCGCCACUAGACCGUUAGCUAUGGGCACGGAGUACUGUAGCCGCGGCUACUUAACCAUCGCGGUGGAGCCACAAGGCGAGCAGUGGAAGAAGAUGAGGAGAGUGGUGGCAUCUCACGUGACGAGCCAGAAGAGCUUCAAAUGGACGCUUGAGAAGAGAACCGAGGAGGCUGAUAACCUCGUCCGUUACAUCAACAACAUUUGUAUCAAAAACCAAGGUAACGGUUUCGAGGUUAUUGAUUUAAGGCUUGUCGUGCGGCAAUACAGCGGUAAUGUAGCUCGGAAGAUGCUGUUUGGUGUAAGGCAUUUUGGUAAAGGAAGUGAAGAUGGAUUUGGACCAGGGUUCGAAGAGAUUGAACAUGUUGAUUCUUUGUUUACGGUCGUAACCCAUCUUUACGCAUUUGCAUUAUCGGAUUAUGUCCCGUGGCUAAGGUUCUUGGACUUGGAAGGGCAUGAGAAGGUCGUGAGUGGCGCAAUGAGGGAUAUAAGUAAGUAUAACGAUUCUUUUGUCGAUCAAAGACUCAAGAAAUGGCGUAAUGGGAAGAUGAAAGAGCCUCAAGAUUUUCUUGACAUGUUUAUAUUGGCCAAAGACACCGAUGGGAAGCCUGCUCUGUCGGCCGAAGAGAUCAAAGCACAAGUGACGGAACUAAUGUUGGCGACGGUGGAUAAUCCGUCAAAUGCGGCGGAGUGGGCUAUGGGGGAGAUGAUAAACCAGCCGAACAUAAUGCAAAAAGCUGUGGAGGAGAUUGAUAGGGUAGUUGGAAAAGACCGUUUUGUCCUUGAAUCCGACAUCUCAAAUCUCAACUACGUCAAAGCUUGUGUGAAAGAAGCAUUCCGGUUACACCCUGUGGCGCCGUUCAAUCUCACUCACAUGUCCACCGCCGAUGCAGUAGUGGACGGUUACUUCAUUCCAAAGGGAAGUCACGUUCUGAUCAGUCGUUUAGGGAUCGGGAGAAACCCUAACGUAUGGGACAAACCGCUUAAGUUCGACCCCGAGAGACAUAUGGGCAAUAACAAAAAUGUGGAGCUGAACGAUCCAGAUCUCAAUAUAAUUUCGUUUAGCGCGGGACGAAGAGGGUGCAUGGGUUCAAACAUUGGGUCGGCCAUGACGUACAUGCUGCUGGCCCGGUUGAUUCAAGGGUUCACGUGGUCAUCAGUGCAUGGUGAGGAUAAAUUCGACAUUUCAGAAAGCAAGAGUGACCUUUUCAUGGCCAAACCUUUGCAUGCGAUUGCAACACCUCGUUUGGCUCCACAAAUAUACUCAACCUAAUUGAGAAAACAAGCAUUAGUACACACAUAUCGUAAGAAUUGUCCAAUUCGGAAACCAUCAAUAGCUAAACUAGGAGACAACUAUGUUGCUAGUUUCGUUACUAGCGUAUUUUAUAGUGUAUCAUAUGCAAACACGUACAAGUUAAUUCAUCACAAAUAUGUUGCUCAUAAUUAGAUGGAUUAUAUCAUAAUAAUUAGA